GUCGGAGCGGACUUGCGGCGGACGCGGCAAGGGAAAACUAUUCCGGCAAUCACACUCCUGACUCUAGUCACAGCUAGAAUCUUGCGCUUCUGUUCUUUUUCACGCUGAACCGUGUCUUUAUUGAUUAAAGACUCUCUACAACAUGCGUCGGUCAGCUUUGCGGACUGUCCAGUCCGUGGGACCGCUUGUUCGUAGAACGCCAGCGAGAGGACUCUCAAGUGCUUCAGAUUCAAUAGUCAAGGACCCCGCCGAGUUCGACCAAAUAACAACACUCAAAAAUGGCAUCCGCGUCGCCAGCGAAUCCUUACAAGGACCUUUUUCCGGAGUCGGAGUUUACGUCGACGCCGGCUCGCGAUACGAAGACGAAAGUAUCCGUGGAGUCAGUCACAUUAUGGAUCGAUUAGCGUUCAAGUCCACAAAAGCCCGAACGGGGGAUCAAAUGCUUGAGGCUCUGGAGUCGUUGGGCGGAAACAUACAAUGCGCAUCGUCUCGAGAAUCGUUAAUGUAUCAGUCUGCUAGCUUCAACUCGACCGUGCCUACAACACUCGGAUUGCUCGCUGAGACGAUCCGCGAACCUCUAAUCACAGAAGAAGAGGUGGAGCAACAAUUGAUCACGGCGGAAUACGAGAUCAACGAAAUAUGGAAUAAACCCGAGCUUAUCCUUCCUGAGCUUGUUCAUAUGGCUGCAUUCAAGAAUAACACGCUGGGAAACCCUCUGCUGUGUCCGCAAGAGCGACUUACAGAGAUCAACAAGGCGGUAGUUGAAAAGUAUCGGUCUGCGUUUUUUAACCCGGAGAGAAUGGUGGUUGCAUUUGCAGGUGUGCCGCAUGAUGAGGCUGUUCGAUUAACAGAGCAGUAUUUCGGCGACAUGAGCACGCACCGUGAAGGCCCCGGCCUGCAUGGCAAGGGCAUUGAGACGACACUUUCUGGUGAUCCGGCCGCCCAGAAGGAAGGGGAAUUCCCUACCAUCCCAUUGUCCACGCCGUCCGCUAAUGUCACCACCAACGUACACACGAAUGCUUCUCAGACGAACAUUUUGUCAAAACUGCCGUUCCUCAAAAACCUAACGACUCCGGCCCCGCGCAAAGAAACAGCAAAGGUUCUGGACCCGUCGUCUCUCGAACUCUCCACCCUCGAUUUAAACCGCCCUUCCCAUUAUACCGGCGGAUAUCUUUCUCUCCCCCCAAUUCCGCCUCCCGCGAACCCUAACCACCCUCGUUUGAGCUAUAUCCAUCUCGCUUUUGAAGCCCUCCCAAUAUCGUCCCCUGACAUCUAUGCUCUCGCGACACUCCAAACGUUGCUCGGCGGCGGCGGCUCGUUUUCGGCCGGUGGUCCAGGGAAGGGCAUGUACUCUCGGCUGUACACGAAUGUGUUGAACCAGCACGGCUGGGUCGAGAGCUGCAUUGCGUUCAACCACAGCUACACCGAUAGCGGUAUUUUCGGCAUUUCAGCCUCGUGCAGUCCUACUCGCACGCCGCAGAUGCUCGAGGUGAUGUGUCGGGAACUCCAAGCCUUGACACUCGACACCGGUUUCUCCGCGCUUCAAAUGCAGGAGGUCAACCGUGCAAAGAACCAGCUACGAUCCUCGCUCCUGAUGAACUUGGAGUCCCGUAUGGUGGAGCUGGAAGACCUGGGCCGACAAGUUCAAGUGCACGGUCGCAAAGUCGGGGUUAAGGAGAUGUGCGAGCGGAUCGAGGAACUUACUGUCGAAGACUUGCGCCGUGUCGCCAGGCAAGUUUUCGGCGGCUUGGUGCGCAACAAAGGCGAGGGCACUGGAAAGCCAACUGUUGUUAUCCAGGAAGGCGAAUUGGAGGGCUACAAGCUGCGACCAUUCCCUUGGGAGGACAUUCAACAGCGUAUUGCUCGAUGGAAGCUGGGCAGGCUGUAAAGCAGGCGAUCGAAACCCAGUGCCAUAAUCUCUUCUCUAAUAAACUCCACCUAGAAAGCUCGGGUGGAAGUAUUCGCUAAAAAAAGAUUCCUCUUCGUACAUGUAUCAGGUUGGACAUUGUGGCAUGUGUACUAUAUACUGCAUUAGAUAUGGGAUAAUUGCAGCGAUUGUAAAGAUAGAAAACUGUUAAUAUUACCAGAUACGCUAAGAUAUUCUCUAACACCACAUAAGUCUGUGAUAAUUGCAAGGUGUAAGCCGCUGGUGAUC